UCUGUAUUACAGACACCAUUAGCACGGCUCUCUGGUGGAAAUAGAAAGCUAGAGAUAAAGAGAGAGAGACAGGAGGAUCAAAAGAAAAACAAAGAGGGCAAACAGGUGGAAUUAGGAAGAGAAACAGCAAACUAUUCCUCAGACGACAGCAUGCAGCAGCAGUGGGUGUGUGUGGCUUUACUGGCCCUCCUGACUGUCACAGUGACGCUGGCUGAUGGUGGAAAAACAGAGAAACAAGGUAAGAAAGAGCGCAAAUCGGACUGUGGCGAGUGGCAGUGGAGCGUGUGUGUGGCUAACGAGGGUGACUGUGGACUGGGCACCAGAGAGGGCACACGCACCGGCACCGACUGUAAACAGACCAUCAAAACCCAGCGCUGCAAAAUCCCCUGCAACUGGAAAAAGCAGUUUGGAGGUGAGUGUAAGUAUGAUUUUGAAGCGUGGGGAGAGUGUGACUCGACCACAGGAAUGAAGACGCGCACCGGUGUGCUAAAGCGAGCGCUGAUGGACGCUAGCUGCCUGAACACCGUGAGUGCCUCCAAACCCUGCGGCAAACCCAAGCCCAAGAUACAAGAUUCACAGAAACCAAAACGGGAAGGAAAGAAGAAGGAGCGAAACCCGACAGACUAGAGGAGAAACUCCACCUGCAUCCUGAAGCUGCUCUCUUCUGCUCCUCGGGCAGAGACGCAGAGAUGAUGCCGGAUCUUAUUUACAGUAGAAUAUUUUUAGAUCGUUUGUAGCUUUAAUUUACUGCUCACGGAAUAAUACAUAAAUGAUAAAAGAAACAAAUGAAUUACUAAAAUCAUCCACUGAAUCUUCUAACGUUGUACCAGCAGUAUCAGACCGCCCAGGUCACACAAAUAUGUUCUAAGAACGUUUUUAUAAUGUUCCCAUUAGGUUAUGAAAAUUAAUGAAUUUUCUCUGAACUGUCUAAAAUUCCAGUUUUUUUAAAUGUUUUUUUUUUUUUUAAAACAUUCUCUUGGUUAUGCAGAUGUUAAGGGAUCAUUGCAUUUGAUCAUUUUCCAAACAUUAUGAAACAGUUACUUUUGAAUGUUCUGAUACAAGAAAACAUUCCUUGAACGAUGCAUAAAUAACCAGAACAUUCUAUUAAUGUUACUUGAAGAACUUUUAUUCAUAACUGUACAGAUAAUUCUGAGAAUUUGCUAUUAGCUGGACACCUGAACAUCACAGUUGAAUAAAAUGCAAAAUUUAAAUUCAUGAGUAUGCAUUGAAAUGAAACGUCCUCAUCAAACAUGAUGUUGAAUUAGAAUUUGAAUUGUUAUUUAUGAACAGAAAAGAUCCUUAAAUGUUCUUAAAUCAGUAAAUUGGGGGAACUGUCCUUCCACUAAAAUGAAAUUUACUAAAUACAUAAGAUUUAAAAAUGAUUAUUAAUAUCAUCUGAUGUUUCUGGAAUAUCCCAUACAUAGGACAUAUUGAUGGAUAAUAGGCUACAUACUGAGAAAUAAAGAAAUGUAUCAAUUAAAAAAUCGAAUUAGAAUUCUGCAUCCUGUUUGGAGCCACAAUGCAAAUCAAGUUCAAAUUCAAAAACUGAAAUUCUCAAUUCAGCCCUGCUGGAGAAUGAAAUAAAAGCACAACUAAAGUUAAACUAAUGCUUUCUAAAUGAAUGUAACAUCAUUUCCAGUAAAUAAAGAUGUUAAUUAUU